AAAUAAUCAAAUGUCAUCUGGCUGUUCUGCGUGUCUGAGUGAAUUAUGUGCAUAUCUCCAGAGUUGCUCUGAGAGUUUAUUUUACGAUCAUUUUACUGUUUGAGUGAAAAACAAGCGUCUUCCCGAAGAUCAGUCAAAAUAAAAGUCCCGUUAACCCCUUUGAAAUCCACUGUACCGCGGGCGAUACACUGCAUGUUUAUGGGUUAACUUUGUGACAUUAAAAAAACUCACGAAACGAAAAGCUAAACAUGUCACAUAUCUUUGGAAAGCUGAGAUUCUUGUGAUUCAAAUAAUGUAAACCAUUUAGGGGAACGAUCAACACAGAAGGUACAAUCAGUGUCUUUGUCAGACCACCAACAAUCAAAUAAACAACGACUAAACUGACGGAACUCACCUAUGAAGCCUCCCGAUUGCCCAAUGAUUCAUAAAGUUUCAACAAAAACGGUGUUGUUACACUGUAAAGGCUCCAGUCGAUCUAAUUCAAUGAAAUAUUUAGCCCAAAAAACAUUUAUAUAUCCAUAAACAUCCAUGGAAUGUGGUAGUGUCGUUUCAAGUUAGCCGAAAGAGCAAUCAAAUCUUCAGUGUUUUCUGCGGUGUAGCUUCUUUUCUAUUGUAAACAAUACGGAUUUGUUGAUGUCGAAAUGGCCGCUGACCCCUGCACUUUGAAUUGACACCUCAUUUGAACCAAUAGGUGAAUCUAAGGGGUGUCAUUAGGCAUCAAUAGCCAAGGAGCGCCCUGGAUGACCAAUGACACUGCCCUCAAUUUGAUGGACAACAGAUUGAUCUAAUCGCAUCAGAAUUUGCACAUGACUGUCUUGUAUGAUAGCCAAUGAGCUUCUGAAAAGAUUAAUAUGCAGCUUUAGUGGGAAGAUUAAAUCUGUCAUGCAAAAAAGUCUGUGCGCAAAUUACUGUAGUGACACGUGCGCCCGUGCGUAAAGAGAGCGUUGUAGAGUUUACAAGUGAAAGUUAGCGUUGAGAGAUUAUACAGGUGAAAAAUGGCAAAAAGGAUGAUAAAAACAAAGUUUACACUUGACGAAGUUGUUGAAGAAUGUACUCGGCGUAACAGUGAUCAAUCAGAGGAUGACAUUUCAGACGAAGAGAGCGAUGUUUCAUCCAUUGACACGGUUGCAGAGGACCUGUUUUUGGAUGGCGGAGACGUCACUCUCGACAAACAAUCAAAUGAAACGGAUGAAGACUGGGAGCCAAGCAGCAAAAAGCCAUAUACCAACAGGCAAGAUGACAGCACCUCAUCGGAAGAUAAGCCCCAAACCUCACCUACCCAGAGAGAUUCUGCCAGCAAAAGACCAAGAGGCAAAGGACGGGCUAGAGGAAGAGGCAAAGGACGGGCUAGAGGAAGAGGCAAAGGACGGGCUAGAGGAAGAGGGAGAACUGCCAGCACCAGUGGUCAAGCUGAGAUGUCAAUCCCCACAUCUGAAGAGAGAUGGAAUGAUGUUGAUGUUCCUGAUGUGACACCACCACAACCCACCUUCAGACCCACCAAAUCACCAGGCCCCCAGCUCAUACGUACAGCUAACUACACAGCUUUACAGCUUUUUCAACUUUUUUUUACAAACUCUGUGUUACUGACAAUAAUUAAAAACACCAAUGACUUUGGCUCAACGCAUCACUCAAAUCCCUCCAACCCAUGGAUUGACGUAACAGUGCAGGAUAUGCUGGCAUUCAUGGCCAUGGUAAUUUAUAUGGGUCUAAUAAAACUCCCGUCCAUAACUGAUUACUGGAGAGAAAGUCAUCUGUACAGCUUGCCGUUCCCUAAAACGCUUCUUACCGGAAAGAAGUUUCUCAGGAUCUGCCACUCCCUUCACCUCAGUAGCUUGGUGGAUGAUGCUGCUAACGAGCAGAGAAGAGGUACCUCAGAAUUUGAUCGUCUUUGCAAAAUCAAGCCACUAUACAGUGAGAUUAGGGAUGCAUGCAAAAUAAACUAUCACCCUGGCCAGGAAAUUUCAAUUGAUGAGCGGAUGGUUGCCUCUAAAGCGCGUAUCGGGAUUAAACAGUUCAUGAAAAAUAAGCCUUGUCGCUGGGGUUAUAAACUUUUCGUACUGGCGGACUCGAGCAAUGGGUACACAUGGGACUUUUUUGUGUAUGAAGGAAAGCUGCAGGGAAACAGUGGGAAAGGACUCAGUUAUGAGUCGGUAAUGGAGCUUGUUGACACACAGUUGCUUGGCACGGGUUACAAGCUCUUUGUUGACAAUUUUUAUACAAGUCCCUCCCUUUUCUGUGAUCUCCUUCAAAAGAGGAUCUGGGCAUGCGGAACGAUACGCACAAACAGAAUUGGUUUUCCAAAAACCAAAAUAAACACUCUGGUUUCGAAAUCUUUGCGUGGGAGCAUACGGUGGAUCAGAAAGGACUCCCUCCUCUUUGUGCAAUGGCGAGACACAAGGGAUGUUUUUAUGUGCACAACACUCCACACAGCCCAUGGGGGGGACACUGUUCAGAGAAGAGUGAAAGAUGCAGAUGGGCACUGGGUUUUGAAGAACAUCUCUGUUCCACCAGCAGUGAAGGAGUACAACCGGUUCAUGGGUGGAGUGGAUCUUUCAGAUUCGCUGAUCAAUUAUUACAAAGUCAUCCACAAGACCCAGAGGUGGUAUAAGACAUUGUUUUAUCACUUUAUGGACAUUGCUAUUGUGAAUGCGUUCUUGCUUUACAAGGAUCUUACCAAAGGUAAAGGAGAGGUACCCAUGCACCAAAAGGCAUUCAGAGAGACACUUGUUGAGGAGCUGGCAGCAGCAGCAAAAAUUCCUGCUCCAUCGUCCACUCCACGCAGCAAACAUCACAAGCCUGUGCAUAUCACUGCACAUAGCACCAUGGGUCGUCUGAGGUGCAGACAGUGCCAAGCAAAGACACCAGUGAAGUGCUCCUCCUGUGACAUACCGUUGUGCUUUGUGCCAAAUCGUGAUUGUUACAAUGAGUGGCAUGAUGCCAAUAACUUGUAAAAUAUAAUUGUAAAAUGUGUAAAUAGUUAUGGUCUUACAUAUUGACUUAUAUAUGGUUUUAUAUAAGGUCUUCAUUGAUAGAUAGAUAUAUGUGGUCUUAUGUUAACUUUUAAUACCAUAGCACUUUUGUAUCUGUACACACUAUAACUUGUUUAUGCUUCAGUUACUAUGUGUCAGCAAUUACUGACAGUGAAUCUGGAUGAGAGAUUGAAUAGCACUUAGUGUAAACUUUCACUGGUGCCCAAAAUUAUGACUGUACAAUAAAGCAUUCAAAAAUAGCAGCAUUUUAUGUGUUAACAUUCAAUGUGCUUAAAAGGAGUCAUUUGGAGUCACCAAAUGGCCUUUUUUGGGAAGCGCCUAGAUAUAAACUUAGAAAAUUAGUGUUUUUACAUACACUUAUCUAAGGUAUUGUUAUCAAAUUUGAAACUACGCUUGCUAAGGCUUCGUUCUGUUAUCCCAAUGUGUUUUCAAGCUAAUACCUCCCAGUUGUAGUCAUCUGCAGGCAUUUUUUAACAAAAAAAAUUUAGGCGGAAUAUACUUAUUUCCCUUUUCAAUGUGUUCAAAGUUCUAUUACUCAAUACCAGUAAGACUUGCAGUGAUUCUGACUGUUAAUGAACAAACCUCAAAGUGUCUCCUUUCAAAAUAUGCACAAACCAUACAUGUACUCCAAAGGGUUAAAGAACAGAAUACAGUUUACUUUGGGCAUGCCUUUUUUAGGCGUUUUAGGUUAAUUUUACAGGAAUGCUAAGGGGUUAA